UCAUAAUUUUAUUUUCAGUCGUCGAGAUCACCAUGUUCCGGAGAGUUAUAAUUUUCAGUUGCGUUUUAUGGGGGCUUGCCGAGGCGGGAGCCCAUUGUGGCUUCCAGAUGGAGUGCGUGCCACAAGGCCUUUGUAAGUCACCCGAAAAUGUACAAGGCUUUCAAUCGCCGUGCCAAAGACAUGAAAGCUGUUGCCACAGCUCUCAAAUAUUAACUGUCGGGGCCCCAUUAAACUGCGGAAUGAGUAAUCCCAACGGCUUGGGAAACGGACCCCUAGUUGAUGUUAAUCAGGCAAUGCCCCAUGAAUUUCCGUGGGUUGUGGCGUUGAUGCAACCAGAUACCUCCUUCUUUGGGGCGGGAACUCUGGUCACCGAAAAUGUAGUGAUAACUGCUGGCCACCUAAUGCAGGACAAGAAGGUGACAGAUUUUUUGAUCGUCGCUGGUGCAUGGGACUUGAACCAAUUGUACCAAUCCACGGUUGCAACGCGAUCUCCGGCUAGGAUUAUUUCUCAUCCAGGAUUUGACAACCAAACUGGCGCGAACAACAUUGCGUUAAUCAUACUCGAUUUGUCGUUUAAUUUAAAACCCACCAUUGGAACAAUCUGCUGGCCAACUCCAGGAGUGUCCUUCGACAGAGAGCGUUGCGUGGUCGCUGGUUGGGGCAGACAGAAUACCCUGGUCCAACAGUACUCGAGCAGGCAAAAAAAAAUUGAGCUGCCAAUCGUGAACAGUGCGUGGUGUGAGGACCAAUUGCGGAGAACACUGGACAUGAGCUACAAGCUGGACAGCACUUUACUAUGUGCGGGCGGAGAAAGGAGCCGUGAUGCAUGCGACGGUGACGGAGGGUCUCCGCUAAUGUGUCCCAUUCUUGGACACCCAGGGAUCUACCAGUUCGUCGGCAUUGUUAGUAGUGGCGUGUCUUGCGGAAUGGAAAAUGUUCCUGGCGUAUACACAGAUAUUGCAAAAAUGAAAUCGUGGAUUGAUGACCAUCUAAGCGAUGAACUCAAUAAGCCGUAUAAGUCGUUUCCUGUAUAUAAUAUAGACUUCGAUUAAAAAAAAGACAAAAAGGACCUUAUAACAACAUGACCUAAGGAGCUGUUUCUAACAAUGUCAUUGGUUGCAAUAAAAAAUAUUACUGACCAAA